GAAGAAUCUCAACGAUCGCCUCAUGCGUUGCCUCACAAAGCUCCAAGUGGACCCCGAGCCCUCCAUCCGUACCAACACAACCAUCUUCCUGGGCCGCAUCGCCGCACAACUCAAAGGCGGCUCCCACGCGCGAGUAUUGCUCCCUCCUUUUCUGAAGGCUUGUAGGGAUCCCUUUCCACAUGCCCGGCUCGCAGGGCUGAAGGCAGCGGCAGCCUGCAUCACUUACUUCGACCCCCAAAGCAUGGCAACCAAGGUCCUGCCCGUGGUGGCCAGCC